UUACACACCCCUGAAUCCUUUUAAAUACCACUUCCUGUACCCGAACUCAGGAGAAGGAACAUAUACGUGGGUAUAUGCAGGUGCAAGAAAAGCCAGCCUGCAAGAACACAAAGCAUUUCGUUGUUUUAGAGUAUAAGAGGCAAAGGCAUAAGAAAAAAAGGAGCAGCAAUGAGGAUCUCAAUCCACUUCAUCAUACUUUUCCUUCGACCACAAGGGCACAUGAGUUCUGCUAACUCAGAGGCACCCAUCGAUUACAAAGUAGUAAAAUGGGGGGACAGUCUAAUGCUGAACUGCACCUAUAACUGCUCGUCUGGAUUUGUCCGUGGCUCCUGGAGGACAGAGUCUGAUCUCUCUCUUUGCAACAAAAGUAAAAGUAGCAGCAGCUUUUGCACUGUGUCCAUCUGCCUAUCAAAUAUUACUACUCAAGAUGCAGAUAAGAACUACAGCUGCUACACAGAAGCUACAGACGACCCUAAACUUACAAAAAACACUGUGCGCAUUGUUUUCCUUCGACUUCAAGCUCAAGACACUGUCCCAAACUGGACAAAUAACCCAAAUAUUGAUCUUAAAAAUACAUCGCUUCCUGCUGAACCAGGGACUUCAAACGGAGGAGGAUUUCAUGGAAUGAAGGUUUUGGCAGCGGCAACCCUGACAGUGGCCAUGGUUCUAGUAGUUUUGACUGUCUUCUUGUGUGUUAAUCGCAGCAGGCAGAUCAGGAAUGAUAAAGGGGAGCGGCUUGUGUCCCGUUCAUGCUCACCUAAACCCCCAAAUGCCUCCCUUCCACCAGUAAAAGGGAUGCCAUCCACUCAAAAUGAGAAGAUAACCUUACGCAUUCCUCCACCUGACAAUGAGGGGGACCCGGAGGUUCCGUAUGCAGAUAUAAUGAUCACCGUCCGAGGGGUCAGUACACCCGAGCUCACUCAAGUUGGCUACUUAGGAACAGGAGAGUGGCGAGGAGAUGAAUCCAGAUGCCACCUGCAAGCCUCGCGUUCAGCUGACAGACUGCAUGUGCCCCAGCCCAGAGAAGUCAGCCGCAAGAUGAGCACCAACUCUGAGUAUGCAGUUAUCACAUAUGCCUGACCAUAGGUAUUUCAGUCCGUUUCUGUUGUGGCCCAGGAAUCAUCCGCUAUUUCCCGGUAAAUUUUCCCAAUCACAUUUCAGUUACUUAUAGACAUACUUCAUGUGUGAUAUAAGUUAAAAAUAGUCCUGUUAUUGCGGUUUUGUACAAGUGCAGACCUAUCCCAUCAAGUCCUGAUAUAAAUGCAGUGGCUGAAACACAAAUAGAAAAAAACUCUAGGUGUAAUCAUGGACGUCAGAGCUCAAGUGUUUUCUUGUUUUGCUGUGUUUGUUACUCUUGAUAGUAGACCUGCAUAUCUGUAUAGGCUGCUUGUAAUAAUUGUAUUAGCUGAUAAAACUAAAUAUGAAUCACUGCAAUUUUUUUACCUUUAAAUUGAUCACUUUAAAGGGACAGAUCAUUUCACUUCAGAAAUACUAUCUUAAACAUGAUACAGUCGGACUGUUCGUCAGAGCCUUUAGAAAACAAGAAAAACGGAGCAAACUCAGAGAGAGAAAUCAUCCUCCAGGUGAAUAUCCACUGAUUGUUGCCUUUAGGAAUCAUUCUGUUGAAGUUAAAAUAUACCUUAUUUUACAUUAGUGCUUUUUACCUUUGUUAUUUUUCAAAGAUUUCAACACUGACAUCAUUGAGCAUUCAGCACCACAGCUAACAACACUUUCUAAAGUGGCCCUGGAUCUCAUAAGACAGUCAGAUUUUUAUUGUAUUAUUAUAAAACAUACAAUAGGCUGAAAUUCUCAAAACGUAAUGUGUUUGAGUCAAAAUCAGAUGAAUUUCUGGUUGUCUCUAGAUUUCAUACAACCAGCAUUUUUUUCCACGAAACCUGCACUCUGUGUCAGGAAGGCGUGAAUUGGCCACAGCUCAUUGCUGUGGUUUUUCUGUAAAGUCAGGUUAGAGAAAGGCUCUUUCUACAUCUAGUGUGGUUAAGGGUUUCUAAACGUUCUUGUAAGUCUUUGUGUAAAAAGAAAAAAAACACAAAGAAAUGUUACACUUAUUGAGCUACAGCAGAUAAACAACAGGAAAUAACUAAAAUAAAGAAAAAAAUAUAUAUAUACAUAUAAAUAUUCAGGGUUGCAUAAAUGAUUUAAACAACUUUUUAUAUUCUUGAAACAUAUUGUGUGUUUUUGUUUCAGUCCAUUGACAACUAAUGCCAUGAAGAUACACUUUAAAUAAUGGCAAGAAAGGCGGACUGAUUGUAAAUAGAAUAUUGAGUGAAGAGAAAAUAUUAAAGAAUUAUGCACAGACAUGUUUGUGCAGAUGAAAAACACAUGUAUAACACAUUGUUAGGUUUUAUGUUUAUGUGGUGUCAAAAUUCACAAUAUUUAUGAUGGGAUUCAUUUACAUGUUAAAC